GAGUCUGUGACUGGCCCAAAGUCACCCAGUUAGCUCCAUGCUGAGUAGAGUCUGAAACCUAGAUCCCCUGAGUCCUGGUCCGUGCUGUUUGUUCAAGAAUGGCCAUCUUAAGGGCACUGACUAGAAAUUUCUGACAGGAUGAAUAUUCUUCAGUAUUGACAUGUUCUGUCUGUUGUCAGACUUGUAUACACUUACGCGUUUGCACAGAGGCUGCACUGUUUAGAUUACAGUAAGGCAUUGAUAUAUAAAAUCAUGCUGGCAAGUGAUCAGUUAUGUGGCCCACUAAUGCUGUGGAUGGCAACACUGGGUGUUGUAAUGUUACCAGAGCAGAUAGGGGACAGAAUUGGCAUCAUAUUAUGUAUAAAGCUUGGUAAUUGCUACUUUAUUUCUGUUUCCUGUGACCUCACUAUUUACAAUCUUGCCACCCUCAAGAAUAUCUAUUUCAUCAGAUGCUUGAAGGAUUAACCCUAGUCUGCCAGCUUGAGGCUACCCCUUCAAGCAUUUGAUGCACAAUGUCUUCCAAAACUUAGGUCAUAAUGUAUUUCUCUUUAAGUUGCCAGAAAGAUGCCUUGGUUUUGCUGCAGUUUGGCUCUCGGCACUAAUAAGCUACUGGUCCAAGAGAAGGGGCAGAAUACCAGCAGUCUCCAUGGCCCAGGAUCCAGUGAAGCUGCAAGCAGAGGUGGAAAGGCUGGUGGCUGAGUUGCAGGAGGCAACCCAAGAGAAGGUCCAAGCAGCCCAAUAUGGAUUGGCUGUACUGGAGAAGAAUGGUGAGCUCAAGCAGCGCUGUGGAGAACUGGAGGGCCAGUUAGAGGUGCUGCGCCUAGAGCUGGUCCACAUGAAGGAGGCUUUGGCAGACUCCCACAGUAGUCACAAACGGGCAGCAGCUGAUGGAGAGAGCCGAGAAGAAUGUCUGCUCAGAGAAACAGCUUCCAAAGAGGCCUACCUAACUCAGACCAUAGAGGAGCUGCAGGGUGAUGUGAAGCACCUGAGAGCACAGCUGGACAACACAAUGGUGGAAAAUGAGCGCCUGGGAGGGGCCCUGCAGGACUUGAGGAAGGAAUGCCAGACCUUGGAGUCCGAAAAGGUCCGGCUGCGUGAGGAGAUGAAACAGGCCAGGACGCGAGAGUUGCGCCAGCUGCAGGACUGUGCUGAACUUGAAGAGGAGAACAUCUCCCUGCAGAAGCAGGUCUCCAUGCUUAGGGGCAGUCAGGUGGAGUUUGAGAGUGUCAAGCGUGCACUGAGCUGCCAGGAGGAAGAAUUGGCGCUGGCUGGGACCCAACUGCUGGAACUGGGCCGUCUCCGCGAACUGGCAGAGCACCAGCUCCACGAGGCACUGGAGGCUCUGCAGGCAGAGCGUGAGCAGAAGCAGGAGCUACGGCGGGAGCUGGCUCUCUACACUGGAGGGCGCCGUGACUCACUCAGCAGCUUGCAGGCCAACCUGGAGGGACUCAGCCACAGCCAUGCUGAAUGCGAGGAGCAGGAUAGCGGCUUUGCCAAUGGCGGCAGCGUGGCUUCCACACCCCAUGGUGUCCGGCCUGCCCCAGGCCUUGUGGCAGACCUCUUCAGUGAGCUCAGCUUGGCAGAGUUUCACAAACUGCAGCAGCAGCUGCUACAGGUGGAAAAUGAGAAGGCCUCACUAGCCUCAGAGCUACAGGACCUCAAGACGCAGCUGACCAGCACCAAGGAGACCCUGGCGCAGCAGCAGACGUGCCACAGCCACCAGGUUGACCAACUCCAGCCCCUGCCAGCUAGCCGUAGCGGUGUGGCUAGUCCAUUGCUCAGUGAGAGGGAGCAAUACCGUGAGGAAUUAGAAAAGGCUCAGCUUGCAGUCCAGCAGGAGAGGGAGGCAGCUGCCCAAAUGGAAGCAGAAUUGCGAGCUGCAAGGAGGAUAACCCAAGAGUGUCAGUCACGGCUGGCCCAGGCCCAGGAGGAGCUUUUGGCCUUUUCUGAGGAGAUGGCAGCUCUGUACCAUCAUGUCUGUGCCUGUCACAACAUAACCCCUCAGCGUGUGGUGUUGGACUAUUACCGGCAGGGCCGUGGAGCCCGAAGUAUGUGCAGAAGGCAAUCCUCUAGAAAGCUUCUGCUCACAGAAAUGGAGACAAGCAGCAGCGGGGACCAGUCUCCGACCAGUAGCCCUGGUUCCCCCUGUGGCCUGGAGCCCCUCAAUGUGGCCAAUUUGACAGCAGUCUUGUGUGAGCAGCUGGGGCACCUUCAGAUGGCACUCACCCUGGUGCAUUGGCAGAGCCCCAUGGGACACAGUGCUGAACUGGAGCAUGACAAGGAGGCCCUGGUGGAGGAGGUGCUAAAGCUCAAAUCCCUACUGAGCACCAAACGUGAGCAGAUCGCCACACUCCGCACUGUGCUCAAGGCCAACAAGCAGACAGCGGAAGCAGCCCUCUCAAAUCUCAAAGGCCAGUACGAAGGGGAGAAGAUGCUGGUGUCAGAGACCAUGGCCAGGCUGCGUAAUGAGCUGAAAGCCCUGAAGGAGGAUGCUGCUACCUUCUGUUCUCUGCGUGCCAUGUUUGCUAGCAGGUGCGAUCAGUAUGUGAGCCAGCUAGAUGAGAUGCAGCAGCAGCUCGCAGCUGCCGAGGAUGAGAAGAAGACCCUGAGCUCCCUGUUGCGCAUGGCCAUCCAGCAGAAGCUGGCACUUACGCAGCGCUUGGAGUCCCUCGAGAGCCCACUUGAGGGGUCCCGAGGCAGCAGGAGGGCCCUCAGACCAGCCAAAGGCAGUGCGAGAUGAGACGUCCAAUAACCAGUGCAGGAUUUGCAGGCAUUUCUGGUGCAGCUUCAAACGUGCUGUGUGGUCACAGAACCCUUGUUCUUUUUUUUUGCGUAACAGGAAAGACUUGGUACCUGCAAGUUGUAGCCACUUAAAGAACGCGAUUCCAGGAGGAGGCCUCUGGCUAGAGAUGUCUAUCUGCCCCUCUGUGCCUUAAGACAUCUUGAAGCACCAUGUCUAGAUCAGGUGCUUUGUUCCCUAAGCGCCUCUAAUACUGUGCCUUUUUUGCUAGCUCUAAUGUUAAUGACACCAAUGUUGGCCUUAAUGAUCAGAGCUUGCCUGCUUUGUGACAGUUGGCUGAAGAGGGGCAGGCUGUUCCUUCCCCAAAAUUUCUUCACGUGUUAUACUCUGUUCCUUCCCCAAAAUUUCUUCACAUGUUGUACUCCCUGGGUCCAUCUGUUUUGCCUGUCUCCUGUGCCGAUACACCCACCCCCGCCCCAGAUUUUGCACGUAGUUAAUGUCUAACUGCUUGAAUGCACAGGUUGAAGGAAAAUUGAAAAACUAGCUCCAUGCAGUAUUGGGAUGUCUUGUGGGAUGGGUACGUCCAGUCACUAUCAUGGUAACAGUAACAAAGCAAUGUCGCUUGAAGUCUGGGCUAAGUAAGCCCGUGGUUGUUUGCUUCAAAUAAAUAAUUGGUUUUCUUGGA